AUGGCGGCAUGCAAGAUGAAUCGCCCUGGUGGCUCAAAUGGUCCAGUACUGCGGUACGUAGUCCCUGGUUACGUACCGGCGUUACGUAUCGGGCAAUACUGCCGUGUUAUCACCUCCCCACUCCCCCCAGCUCCCCAACCCCCCCUUCCUCCUCCAUCCCCCUCCCUCUCUUCCCCCCCUUUCCGCUUCCCCUCCCCUCCUCCUUUUCCCCAUGUCUCGCAUCAAAAUUCUCAUUCCACUCCCCCACUCCCGGGUUUCCCCGUUUCUCCGAACUCCCUUCCAACCCCGUCAUAUCCCGUUCCCCUUGCGCGCGCUCUUCCCACCCCCCCGGAUCCCCGUUCCCGCUUUCUCCGCUCCCCGCUUCCCCAGCCCCCCGGGUACGACCACCGCGCGCCCCAGUUGCAGGACCAGCGGAGCGACGGGGGAAGCCAGGGGCAGGGGUAUGGCGGGCGAUAUGACGACGAGCGGGGCAGCCGAUAUGGCUAUGACGACUAUGCUCGGGGACAGGGGUAUGGGGGGGGGUAUGUCGAUGAGAGGGGCAGCCGAUAUGGCUAUGACGACUAUGCACGGGUGCGUUUAAGGGGUAUGGCGGGGGGUAUGAGGGGGGGUAUGGCGAAGGGUAUGAGGCAGGGGUAUGGCGGGCGAUAUGACGACGAGCGGGGGAGCCGCUAUGGCUAUGACGACUAUGCGCGGAAGGAAGAGGAGGAGGAGUGGGAGGAGGAGAGGGCGGAACGCAUACGACGAGAGGAGGAGGAGGAGGAGGAGGAGGAGGAGGAGGAGGAGGAGGAGGAGGAGGAGGAGGAGGAGGAGGAGGAGGAGGAGGAGGAGGAGGAGGAGGAGGAGGAGAGAGCCCGCCAAAAGGCAGAGGAGGAGGCAGCAGCAGAGGCCGAAGCAGCAGCGGCAGCUGCAGCAGCGGCAGCAGCAGCAGCAUCGCCACCACCGGACCUGCUAUCCAUGGAAGAUGAUCUGCUGGGCCUCGGGACAGACGCAGGGCCGGGGGCUCUGGUGCUCUACAGUGCUCCUAAUGCGGAUGACCUCAUUUCCAAGGCGUUUCAGCAAGAGAUCAGCCUUCUGGUGAGUGGGACGGGAUCUCGAAAUGUGCUCCCACUGCACCUCCUCAGGGUCUCUCCUGACAUUGACACGGGCAUAUCAGAGGCGUCACUCCUGGAGAAGUUGAAUUCAGUGGCUCCAAGGCAGGCAAACGGGGAGGUCGACUUGGUGUCCCUGCUGCUAACGUGUCUCUCCACUUUACCCCCCUCCACCCACCCCAACCACUACCAACCGCAGGACAUUGACACUGGUACGUCAGAGGCGUCUCUCCAAGCAGGCCAACGGGGGGAGGACAUUGACACUGGCACGUCAGAGGCAUCUCUCCUGGAGAAGGUGAACUCGGUGGCUCCCAAGCAGCCCAACGGGGAGGUCGACCUGCUCGCUCUGGAGGAUGGACCUGUGCCCGCUGCUGCUAUUCAGUUUCUUGACAUUGACACUAGCACGUCAGAGGCAUCUCUCCUGGAGAAGGUGAAUUCAGUGGCUCCAAAGCAGGCGAAUGGGGAGGUCGAUCUGCUGGCUCUGGUGGACGGACCUGUGCCCGCUGGUGCCGCUGCUGCUGCUGGAGGAGGAUUGGGAGGGGGGUUGGAUGCGACGAGUGGGGCGCUGGUGCUGGUGACACCCAUGAAGGGAUUCCACGCCACACCCACAAGGCACGGCAUAUGUGGUGCUUGUGAGCGGACUAUCGAUUCCGGGAGGUACCUGAUUGCUCUGAACCGUGACUGGCAUGCCGCCUGCUUCAAGUGCUGCCACUGCCGCCUGCCCAUCACUGAGAUGCAGUGCUCUGUGAAGGAAGGUGAUACUUACCACACCGAGUGCUACCGCCAGCUCUUCCACCCCAAAUGCUACGUCUGCGACACUUAUAUUGCCCCCAGCGAGUCUGGCAUGGUUGAAUAUCGCCUCAACGACCUGUGGCACGCCAAGCACUGCGCCAAGCACAGCCCAACCACGGAUGGCUCGCCCCUCUGUUCCGCCUGCACUCGCCUCCAGCCCACCACAUGCACAAUGGUGGACAUUGGCGGUAACCGCACGCUCUGCCCCGAUUGUAACACCUGCUCCUGGCCCUCCCCUCCUGGCUCCGCGCUCUCCGCCCUCACCUCCUCCUCCUCCUCCUCCUCGCUGGGGACUCUAGUAGUAGAGGCCUCUGAAUGUGCCCCUAUUUUUGCCUCUGUGCUGAGUUUCUUCGAGGAGGUUGGGUUGGGAGCGGUGCUGAGGGGUGCUGUGGGCGUGAUGGGCGACGAGCUCCCGGUGGUUACUGCUGACGUGGCGGCGUUACAAGCUGCUGCUGAGGGCGAGAGACAGGGUUCAUCUCGCCUGGCGGUGGUGCCUGGAGUGUGCCUCACUCAAGAAACCACCAUCCAAACAGUCGUACGAGCACCAGGGUCAACAGCAACGGCCUUUGCAGGCAUCUCGCAUGAAGCGAAGACACUGACGCAUGUCAACUCCACUGCCGUCUCGGGCAUUGUCAUUCUCUACGGCCUCCCAGCACCUCUAGCGGCGGCAGUCAUAGCCAAUCAGCUCAUGCAUGCAUGGUUCCUUCUCGAUGCGCCUGCUGUCACGAGCUAUGAGACAUGUAUGGACUUGGCUCUCACGAUACUGGGUGUGUUGAUCCUGGGCAGGGCACUGCAAUUACCAGCAGUACCUGCUCUCAACCCUCUCCUGGCCUCGCUCCCUCCUCCUUUCCCCACAGCGCUUCCCUCAGAGAUCGAGGAGGCCAUGUGCCAAGUCAUGGCGCACCUGUGGUUACAGCGUUACCAGCAGCAGCUCAAGAGCCCCUCUGCCUUCCAGUCUGGCUUCCUCGAGUUCUGCCUCACUCGCGUUGCCUCCGACCCCUCCCCUGCUCUGCUCGACUCGUUCCGCUCCGCCUACUCUGCUGUGGUCUUCAAGGGCCUGCUUGCCACCAUUCAAACACUCCGCAUGUCCAACACCCUCCCUGCUAUCUAG